CUUGACAAGGUCAAAUAGAACGUGACUUCACAAGAAUAACGUUUAAUUCGUGUCUGUUCGUGUCACAAGUGUUGGGUGGUCGAUGUACUCGGAUUCUGUAAAUGAUGUAUGUUAAGUUCAGUAUGAUGUGAGUACUUAUUUUGGUGUUAAUAUUCAAAACAUGCAAAGUAAUUUACAUUAAUUGUUUAAUCGACGCUCAUAUACAAUGUUCAUUGUUAAACUUUAAAGGAAAUGAAACAGUUUAAUAAAAUGUGAAUCAUUAUUCAUUUUGAGGCAGUUUGAAGGUGUAUUUUAAAACCUUACAAGAAAACAACGAAGUUUUUCUAUACUUUAGAAAUAAUGACUGAAGAACAACCAGCAACUAAGGCAGAAAAUAUACUUAAAGGAUUCCAAGUUAAUUGGAUUUGUCUUCGAGAUGCAGAUGGAGGUAAAAUUUUCUGGCAAGGCUCUGAAGAUUUAAGUUUACCUGAUGUAGAACAUGAAGCCAGAGUUCCUAAGUCUAUUUUAAAAUGUCGUGCAGUUACAAGGCAGUUUAACUUCAGUUCUAAAGAAGCUAUAGAAAAGUUCAGGUUAGAACAGAAAGUUCUUUUUAAAGGCAGGUGUCUUGAAGAAUGGUAUUUUGAAUUCGGUUUUGUUAUGCCAGAAUCAACAAAUACUUGGGAAUCCAUAAUGGAGGCAGCUCCUGAGUCCCAAAUGAUGCCUGCCUCUGUCCUUAAUGGCAAUGUUGUUAUAGAAACGAAGUUUUACGACGAUGAUUUGCUCAUCUGUAUAUCGAGAGUGAGACUGUUUUACAUUUAAUAUGUUAAAAGUAUUAUGUAUUUGCAUUUUGAAAGUAUUUUAUGCAUUUAAUGUAUCAUAUACUCUCUCGUACACUAUUAAUACACUCAAAUAAUUUACUAUUAUAAGUAUUUAUUAAAUAAUAUUAAGAUCAAAUAUAUUGUAUGUAUGUAAUGCACAUUGAUUUUUCUUUAUUUGUACUCGGCUGUCUCUUAAAAAAGAUAAGAGUAAGAAUUAUAGGGGAAAUUACUUUGACAAAUAUAGUGGCUACAAAAUCUACGAAGAAAUCCCUGGGGAAUAGAU